AUGUUUCCACCAUCCAACUGGGUCAAACUUCCUCCUCUGAAGGGCUUGGGUCUACCAAUGUCUGGAAAUGUUGCGGCUCACAGUAGAGAGCCUCUGAAGGUCGAUACCUUCGCAAACUUUGUCACUAGAUCCAAGGACUCUCAGCCAUCUCAGUCAGCCCUACUUUCACCACCUGCCAGUAUCCACAGCCCCAUGCCACCGACAUGGAAUGAGCCAUAUGUCAGCAAUAGAAUUUCGUCGAAAAGAACUGCUACUCAAGAGGUUGCAGUUGCCGCAGAGAACAGCUACCACUCCUUCACCGUGCCCGAUUAUGCUUCGACCGCCGCGGGAGGUUGGUUCGACCCUGACAAUUGGCUUUUCAAGCAUGCUGUUGAUGAGUAUGGAGGCCUUGACAUAGGGCAAUUGCUACAUGUCCUUUACAAGCGUGGAGACCGGCCACAGUAUGGCGAAGACCAUGUGUCGACACGGGCCAAGAAAGGCGGCCACGAUAUUGAUGAUGGCAAUGACGAUGUGUACACCAGAAGCAACACAAAGCCCCAUGACCACAAGACUCAGGAAAAAGAACGGCGAGAUCGACAUAGGGUUCUUUCCAAGGAAGUGGACGAAUGCACUGGAGACGCUGUCGUGGAACUAUCCGAGCGCAAACUGCCUGAGAUAAAAAACGAGAUAGCUUUGAUGCCGAAGCCGAACCCUAGUUCGGGACAAGGUGCAAAGAGCAACAAAACUGGUAAGGAUAAGCAGCUUAUGGCAGCGGCGUUUCUGCCGCACUUGUCCAACAUUGUCAUCUUCCGUCUCCUCGAAGCACACAACGAGCUCGAGAACGAGCUGGCAUCAGCGCAACAAGUUCAAACGCAGCUGGAGAAUGAGGUUCGCCGUAAGUCGGAGCUGAUGCAGGCACGGGCCAACUUGAUAGAUGGGUUAUACAGCCGCCCAAGCUCAAUCAUCUCGUUACCUCCUACUCUGCAACAGCCUCGAGGGGUGACACGAAAGAGGAAGGCUUUCGACAUCGACGACGCAAGUUGCUCUUCAACGUCGCCGAAGAGGCAUGACAAUGGGACACAGAAGCAACCACAACGGUUUCCUCAUCUGCUUGGAGCUCCCAAACACCAGUUCUCAUCGCGCCUGCCUCUAUCACCGAGUCCAGACCUCGACGAUCGCGUGAUGUCGUCGUUCUCAUCCUGUUCUUGA